AAUAAUCGCCCAUCUCAUCUCACCAACCCCACUAGACCUCCCCCUCCCCCACAACUCAACACAGCCAAAGCAGACCAAAUGUCCCUCCACCCAACAACCACGACUCUCCACCUGACUUCCAUUCCACCAGGCACUUUCAUUGGCAUCGACCUGACAAGCUUCACUUCGACGCCGGCCUUCCAGGGCGUGAAGUUGAUCCCGUCGGGUCUGCACCUACUCUACUACUCCACGACCACCGACUCCUCGCUACGCAACGGCUUCUGGUUCUAUGCCCAUCCGGGACGGGUGAUAAGCAAGACGUGGGACCCAGAAGCCGAGAUAGCGACGCUCGUCGAUGCCCCUCCAUCAGCGGGAUUGGAGGAGAGGCUAUACGCGGAGAACUUGACGCCGUAUAAGCAACGGGAUGCCGAAGGGCGGGUCAUGGUAGGUGGAGGGGGGCAGGAGUGGAGGGCGUUGAGUGGGUGUGUGCGCGAGCGGACGUUGGAAAGGUGUCUUGGGGAGGGAUGGGUAUGCGGGACUGCGGGGGUUUCGGGGAUGGAUUACGACGCUGGUGAGGAGGUGAUGAUGGGGUUUCCGCCCGGUGGGGGGGGAGGGGUAGAUGUGAUGUGGACAAGGGUGGACUUGAAGGUUACCUGGCCCGCUGGCACCAUCGGCCGGGAGCGGACGGAGAUGGCAAAGGAUAGGAGUUGGGCGCUCAAUAACCUACUUCACGGACUAGCCUCUGAAAACCAAGAUGACGCGGAAAGGGAACUCCUGGGCGAACUCCAGUUGUCCUUCAUAAUGUCAAUCACUCUGGGCUCAUACUCCGCCAUGGAGCAGUACCGCCGCCUGCUCGGCCUUUGCCUAACUUCCAGAGCCUGCGUAUUCCACGAACGAAGGAAGCUCUUUGAAGGGCUACUCGAAACCCUGCUCGCACAGCUGCACUACGUCGACGGGGACUUCUGGGCUGGCUUCGUCGACGGUGGGGACGGGGACGAUAAUUGGCUCGCGAAGCUACUCCGGCGAUUCGGGGGUGGGAUCAAAGAGGCGGUCAACGAACAGCAACAAGCCGACCCGGACAAGGAUUCGAUAGUGAGGCUUUUCCGGGAUAUGGAAUCGUUGACUAGGAGGAAGUUUGACUGGGUAUUGGAUCAUAAAGAUGUGGUUAGGAGGGGACUCGUGCAGACUGAGGAUGGGGAUAUGAUCGAGUUGGAAUUGCCGGGUCUGGAUGAGGAGGAUGAGACGGGAGAGUAUGCGCCUGUCAUUGUUGAGGAGGUUGUGGGCGAGGGCGAGGGGGGUGGGGGUACGAUGGCUGGGGGCUGA